AUGGAUGACGCUGCCGUCCUCAAGCGACGAGGCUACAUCAUGGGGAUAAACUUGGGAGAGGGCUCAUAUGCCAAAGUCAAAUCCGCUUACUCUGAGCGCCUAAAGUUCAACGUGGCGGUCAAGAUCAUCGAUCGCAAAAAAGCCCCCACGGACUUCCUGGAGAAAUUCCUUCCCCGGGAGAUUGAGAUUCUGGCCAUGCUAAACCACCGCUCUAUUGUCAAGACCUAUGAGAUCUUUGAGACAUCAGAUGGCAAGGUCUACAUUAUCAUGGAGCUUGGAGUCCAGGGUGACCUCCUUGAAUUCAUCAAAACCAGAGGAGCCCUGCAAGAGGAUGAUGCUCGAAAGAAGUUCCAUCAGCUCUCCUCGGCCAUCAAGUACUGCCACGAUCUGGAUGUUGUUCACCGAGACCUCAAGUGCGAGAACCUUCUGCUCGACAAGGACUUCAACAUCAAGCUGUCUGAUUUCGGCUUCUCCAAGCGCUGCCUGCGGGAUGAUAGUGGCCGACUGACAUUAAGCAAGACCUUCUGUGGGUCAGCGGCUUAUGCGGCCCCCGAGGUGUUGCAGGGCAUCCCCUACCAGCCCAAGGUAUAUGACAUCUGGAGCCUAGGUGUGAUCCUCUACAUCAUGGUCUGUGGCUCCAUGCCCUACGAUGACUCCGACAUCAAAAAGAUGCUGCGCAUCCAGAAGGAGCACCGAGUGGACUUCCCACGCUCCAAGAACCUGACUGGUGAGUGCAAGGACCUCAUCUACCGCAUCCUGCAGCCAGAUGUCAACCGGCGGCUACACAUUGAUGAGAUCCUCAGCCACUCAUGGCUACAGCCUCCCAAGCCCAAAGCCAUGUCUUCUGCUUCCCUCAAGAGGGAGGGGGAGGGCAAGUAUCGAGCUGAUUGCAAGUUGGAUACUCGACCGGGCUCAAGACCUGAACACCGGCCUGACCACAAACUGGCAACCAAACCCCAGCACCGGAUGCUGGUGGCAUCCGAGAAUGAAGACAGGAUGGAGGAGAGGCUGGCUGAGACUUCCAGAGCUAAAGACCAUCACAUCUCUGGAGCUGAGGUGGGGAAAGCAAGUACCUAGUGGUGGAGAGGGCCCUGGGGGAUCAUGGUGUGCAGUUUGCACUCACAUAAGCUAAAUAGGCAGGUAGGAGCUGAAGAAGGCACAAGCGCAAGGAACAAGUAAAAUCCGUCAAUUAAACCACUAUUUUGAUUACGUUCUAUUAGCUUUUUUCCACUUAGUAGCAAAGACAUUAAUUACUGACCACCAAAUAAAUCACAAAGUGUAUACAAGCA